AAAAAAUGCCCUAUCCAGUAGUCGUCUUGGCCUAAGAAAAGAUGGCGGUAAAUCGAUCAUAGAAUUGCUGUUCGUUUGAAGAAAAGUUGUGUUUUUGUCUAUAUUUGAGUGUUACUACACUUCUACCUCGCCAUGCCACCAAAGCACCCUCGGGGAAUCUUCGGACUACCGAAGGACCCCAAAAAUAUGGUCCUGUUCUCCUUUACAGGGGAGUCCUGGCCCUCAGAUGAUGACGGUAGUAGUGACUCCGACUAUCUGCCCCCUGGAGAGACAACAACACAGGAUGGGGCUGGGAAAACUGGCGGGAAACACGAGAAAAGGCGCAGUGCAAAAGGAGAACUCGGCGAAGACAGUGACGAUGAAGACUAUGUGCCUCCUGGUGUCUCCGAGAAAGGUAAAAAAAUGUCAGCAAAACGAGUUAAAGGGGCCAGAGGAGGGGGUAAAAAGUCAAAAGACUUUCAGGCAGCAAAGCCCAAGGCAAGGCCUCAAAGAAAUGUGAAACGUAUACGAAUAUUUGCUGACACAGAUUCAGAGAACAGCAGUGAGUCAUCAUCAUCAUCAGGCACUUCAGAUGAGGAGCUAAGUGAUAUUUCAGAUGACAAGGAAGAUGUCCCGAAAAGAAAAACUAAAGACGAUGUAAAGAAAAAAAGAAUCACCAGAUCUAGAAGUAGUGGCUCGCAAAUCUUGAACAUCGUUGAAAGUGAACACGACUAUAUUUCCUCACCAGAAAAAGAAAACAAAUCUCAAGAAAAAGAAUAUGAUUCUGAAGACGUUGAGGAAGAAAAAGCAGGUCUGAAACAUGAUCAUGACUAUACAGAGUUAAGUGCGGCAGGCCCCAGCACUAGUACUGAUGAGGACCAAGACAUUGCCUCAGAACAAGUAAGUGAAAAUGAUGAUCAAGACAAGGCUGUCCAACAAAAGAAAAUAAGUAAUCUACAUAAAGAAAAGUCUAUACUCAAAUCAACACCUCAAAAAACUGAUACAUCAUCGAGUGUAACUAGCAAGAAAAACAAGAAAGCUGCAAAGAAACAUGUAAGUUUUAAAGGCAUUCCUGAAGACGAGUCCAGUCAACACAAGAAGAAGAGAGUGAAGAGUCGGAAGGAUUCUGGGAGCUCUGAGGAGGGUCAGCAGUGGGGCCAACUGUUACCUGUGGAGGUCAUUGUGAACAUACUGCAGUUUGCUGUGGCAGAUCAGGGGGCAGUGCCUUUACUCUGUAGAGCAGCCAAAGUUUGCCAUUUCUGGUACGAGGCGACCAAACACCCCUCCCUGUGGCGCCAUGUGGACCUGUCCACGGGAUACAUCAAGCCCAACGCCAGGUCAGACAAGACUCUGCAGUGGCUGGCCAGGAACAGGUUCUCACAGCUCCGCAGUCUCAACCUCAGUCACUGGGUCUUCAUCACCAAGCAAGGCAUCCAGACUGUAGCUGAGAGGUGCCCCCAUCUGGAGUCAGUGGACCUGACCAAGUGUAUAAAGAUUGGCCCAGAAGGGGUGACAGCUCUGGCAGACAGGUGUAGCAAGCUCUGUAAAAUUCAACUUGCCUCUGCACAAUCUCACAUGGUGACUCCCACCUGUCUGAAGCAUGUUCUCGAGAAGACAGGCCCCAGACUUAAGGAACUCAACCUCUCCAGUAACAAACUGGUGGGAGCUCCCGGCAUCUUCAAGUGCAUCGCUAGAUGUCCGCAGCUGGAAGUGUUGGACAUGAGUAACUGCCAUUUCUCCUCGACCCCCCUGCUGCCGAUCGAGGCGCUGCAGACAGGCUGCCCCUGCCUCAGGGUCCUCAGACUGGCUGGGUCAGUCAUGGCGGCUGGCAAUGCAACAAGUGCCAUCCAGGAUGGUUCCCCUGGCUUCCCUGAGCUCCGUGAAGUCAGCCUGGCUAGUAACACACUCCUCACAUCAACCACUGUUAAUGACAACUUCAUCUGUAGGUUGUUGAAGACCUCAUACAAGCUGAAGCUGCUUGACCUGAGGGGAUGUUCAAACGUCAACACGGCGGGACUGCAGAGUCUGCCUGUCACCUGUCUGGAGCAGUUCUUCAUCUCAAACACCAGCAAUAUAUGCUACAGCUAUGAAGGGAUAGAGACCAUCAUCCAAAAGUGCCAGCACAGCCUGGUGGAGGUGGACCUGUCCUGGAAUGUCUAUGUCGACACAAACUUGGACAGAACUCUGAAGAAGCUGUCCUCCUCCAGAGCUACCUCCCAACUCAAGGUGCUGAACCUGAGUGGAACAUGUGUGACUGCAGACAUGGUCAGGUGUGUUCUGGAAGGCUGUCCCCAUCUGACCUCCCUUAACCUGACCUCCUGUCGAGCCCUGCCUCGCGGGAUGAAGCAGCUGUUUGGUGAAGAGGCCAUCGCUGAGCUCAGGAGAAAUGCAGCAGAUAUUUUAGCUUCUACCUCUGACCUCUGAUGUAACCUUUGACAUGAGAUUCUUAACUCAAUUAUUCU